AUGGAAGGCAUGGGCGACGAGGCGGAACGAGGCGCGAACGCGGCGACGAUCGAGCCGGCGCGCGAGGCGCGGGCGAAGAAACGGAUCUUGUUGCUGCUGAGCGGCGCCCAAAUGCAAGACGUCAAGAUGGUGGAAUUCGCGCGAGCGUUCGCGCUUGAACCGAACGAUGACGUGUGGUGCGUGCAUUACUCGAGAGGCGCGACGCGCUACGCGAGCGCGAUGUACGGACCGGGACGCGUCGCGGGGUCGUACAAAGCGGACGAGGAUUCGGUGACGGAGCGGUUGGGGGUGCGCGUCGUGCCGCUGCGACGAGACGACGCCGAGGGCGCGGAAUCGGAACGCGAGUCUUCGUGGUUGCCAGAGUACGUUCGAGCGGAACUGCUCGAUCGGCGGUUGAGCGGGAAAUCGUUCGUGCAGGCUGUGGAGAUUUCGGGAUCGAGCGGCAAGUUUUCGGUCGAAGAGGCCGUGCAGGCCAUCGUCGACGGCGAGUUCGCGAGCGCCGAGAACGAUAAUUGGGUGUGCAUUCCGAAGCCCGAUCUCAUCGUCAUGGGAUGCCGCGGACACGGUCUCGUCCGGCGUGCGCUGCUCGGAAGCGUGACACAAAAUGUUUUGAACCGCAUCCCGGUGUCCACGCUCUUUUUUCGAUCGUCUCUACCGAAGAUUGUCGGAGCGAGCGAUUUAGUCAAGCAAAAACUCGGAGGCGUCGAUCAACGCGUGGUGUGCAUUUGCAUGAGCGGCUCCAAUUCCAGUCGGCGACUGUGCGAAUACUUCGUAAAGGAGCACAUACGGUCCACCGACGUCGUUCUCUUGUUACACUGUCUCGCAGAGUCGCAACGCAAGCAAAAGGAUCUGAGCGAGGCGGAUGUCGAAGAGAAUCUCUCUCGAUCGUACGACCUCGUCCAAAAUUUUCAAAAGGAGCACCCUGGCCACGGACGCGUCAUUCGCAUGGUUUUACAGAAGGAGACGGGAAGUGCGUCGGACAUACGCGAUCGCACGAUCGACUUUUUGAACAUGACUGAUGUGAACCUUGCCGUCGUCGGUCGAGCGAUUUCGUCCGGGCACUUGCGAUCGCGCUUUAUGUCGCCGUACCCUCAGUAUUGCGUCACGCACGCGCCGUGCCCAGUUUUGGUGUGGAAUCCACCUCCCUCGUACAUUCGCUCGCAGUCGCAAACAUCCGCCGCGGAAAAAUCCACCGUCGCGGCGUGA